CGUCUACGUCGUCGCGCGCGUCUCGGUAUAUGCUUGUCGAGAGGGCGACGCGGCCCACGACGGCGGCGCGCGACCUGCGGGCGUGGUACGUUCGUGAUCUGGGCCUCUCUGUCCUGCCUCUCUCGUGCAUGGCCGCGGCUCAGAGGAGCAACAGUCUGAUAGCCACAAACAGCGCCGUCCGCGGACGCGCGCGGCUAAAAAUUUCGCAAGCAGGCGACCUUGGCUGUAGGACGCGGGCCACGCGCCUGUUUGAGCGCUGCGCCGCGAGGAGCUGCGUACACGCGCAGAACGCCAGAAAGCAACAGCCAGCCAGCUUCGAUGUUGUCCAUAUUGUUGAAUUUUUUCUAAAAAUCAUUUUUUCUAGCCUAGCCUCGCUGCGGGCUCGGUGCGCGCGGCACACGGCCGAGACGAGC